UGGAAAAAGACAAAUCGCUGGCAUAAAUUCCAGUCUCAUCAUAAAGAGGAGUAAAUUCUACUCACAGCUUCAGAAUCAAUCCAUCGAGUCAGGGCAUCAUGUCUUCUUCAUCAAUAAAGAGCGAAGCAGAGGAACCCCUUCUGACGGAGCCCAAGGAGGCAGCAGAAGGGCCGUCGCCGGUGAGUUCAGAGCUCGAAGACAUGCUGACAAACACCAACCUCCCUUACUGGCGGCGCGUCCGAUCCGCCACUUGGAUCGAGCUGAAGAUACUGUACCGCCUCGCCGGCCCCGCCGUGGUUGUCUACUUGCUCAACAACGUCACCUCCAUGUCCACACAAAUCUUCUGCGGCCAUCUUGGUAACCUUGAGCUCGCCGCCGCCAACCUCGGCAACUCUGGUAUUCAAGUCUUCGCUUACGGCGUCAUGCUUGGGAUGGGGAGUGCAGUGGAGACACUAUGUGGUCAAGCUUACGGGGCUCACAAGUAUGAAAUGCUGGGCACAUACAUGCAGAGAUCCACAAUUCUUCUAAUGGCAACUGGGAUUCCACUCACACUCAUUUACGUAUUCUCCAAACAAAUAUUACUCCUCCUGGGUGAGUCCACCGUUAUAGCCACCGAAGCCGCACUGUUCGUGUACGGUCUGAUCCCCCAGAUCUACGCCUACGCCGCCAACUUCCCCAUACAGAAGUUCCUUCAAGCUCAGAGCAUAGUGGCUCCGAGCGCUUACAUCUCGGCGGCGACGUUCGCGGCUCACCUGCUUCUGACGUGGAUCGUGGUGUUCAAGUUGGGCGGCGGGCUGCUGGGGGCGUCGCUGGUGCUGAGCUUUUCAUGGUGGGUGGUGGUGGCGGCUCAGUUUGUGUACGUGGUGGUGAGCAAGAAGUGUGAGAGGACAUGGAGGGGAUUUAAGUGGGAGGCAUUUACUGGACUUUGGGGUUUUCUUAAGCUCUCUGUGGCUUCUGCUGUUAUGCUGAGCUUGGAAACUUGGUAUUAUCAGAUCCUUGUUUUGAUUGCUGGACUUCUCAAGAAUCCUGAGAUCACACUCGACUCUCUCUCCGUUUGCACGACGAUAUCAGGGUGGGUGUUCAUGAUUGCAGUAGGAUUCAAUGCAGCUGCAAGUGUAAGGGUGGGGAACGAGCUUGGAGCAGGACAUCCUAAAGCAGCAGCAUUCUCAGUAGUGAUAGUGACAAUGGUGUCUCUGGCCAUAGCUGUAUUGUUUGCCAUCCUCGUGCUUGUGUUCCGUCAUGUGAUAAGCUACAUCUUCACAAGUGGGACCACCGUUGCUAAUGCUGUCUCGGAACUUGCUCCUUUCUUAGCUGUCUCUAUCAUCCUUAAUGGCAUCCAACCUGUCCUCUCUGGAGUAGCAGUCGGAUGUGGAUGGCAAGCUUUUGUCGCUUACGUUAAUGUCGGAUGCUAUUAUAUCAUUGGAAUUCCUUUAGGGGCCCUUCUUGGAUUCAAGUUUAAUCUUGGUGCUAAGGGAAUAUGGUCAGGAAUGAUAGGAGGAACUUUCAUCCAGACGAUGAUCCUGAUCUGGGUCACUUGCCGAACUGACUGGGUCAAAGAGGUUGAAAAGUCAAAGAAUCGAUUAAUUGCUUGGGAAGACAAGAAGGAGGAGGAUAAGCCCACUUCAGAUGAUUGAAUUGGCUCAACAUUAUAUGAGAGGGCAUGAUCAAUCUGUUGGAGCUGUGCUAUUAUCAUUUAAUUUACCAGAACACUACUAUUCUUCAUAAUUUUUUUAAUUUUCUUAAACUUCCUCUGAGCAUUUGAUAGUUAAUCUUCACUCUGCCAUUUUAAUAUGGGAUGUAAAAAAAUUAUAUUACAAAAUUUCACAAUAUUCAAGUUUACUUUCAAUCGAAA